AUGGAUAGCAGCGCAGCCCGACAAAGGGUUGAUCAGGUGAACUGCGCAUUUGGGAAUGGCAAUUUUACUGCCAGCCAAUGGUCGAAGUUUUUUACGUACAGUGGAAUGCACUUUGUGGUUGAUCGGAGCGGGAUGCCAGUUCACCCGAAUUUACCCUUUACUGAGAUUUCGCGCGUGGAUGGCUUUGCUAUGAUCUUGUCUUCAGAAGAGAUCGUGGAGAGAGUUGCUAGCACAAGUGCCUGCCCAAGCCUUGAUCUACCGAGUGCUAUAGAUGUCAACUUGACUUUGAGCGAGCCCCAAUGGGAUAUUUGGACACAAACCCUGAUUUUCGACGCCUCUAUCGCUAGCCUCCUGUCCAACGAACAACACGAAUGCAGACCGGAAACUUGA